AUGAACUCGACCACCACUAGAAUCUCCACCAACUACAUGCUCCAAUCAACCGACGGAAAAUCCACGUGGAUCAGUGAAGACGCCGUGAAGCACUGUCAAAACGUCAGGCGCGCCAUCGAAACCACACGCCAGACCGCCAUCCAAGUCAACGCCGCUGACGCCGAGCUGAAACAGAUUGUUCGUUUUUGUGAGCACUAUAAAGAUGGGUACACCCUCUACCAGCCACUCACCCAAUGGGACCAACAGUUCUUCUGCAUGGAGGACUCAGAGAUGAUGGAUCUGUUGAUGGCGGCGACGGAGCUUUUUGUGGCGCCAAUUAUGAAUAUUUGCUUCCAAACACUCAAGAACAAGACUCGUCAGAUGACACUCGAGGAGAAACUCAAAGCCUGCGGAUUGUGCUACAGUAUCCUAUCUAAAGAUGGUCAGAUGUUCGAACUCACUGAGAACGCUGCUAAGCUAUCGGGCUUUAUAUCUUCGUACAAAUCUACAAAUGGAAUUUAUCUCAACAACAAGGCCAACCCGAUUCUCUUGGAUGUCAUGGCCGCUCCACUGAGCAUUAUCUUGAAAUGGUGUGAGCAACACAAGAUGGAGAAAUCUGUAGUGAUGACUGCUUGGGAUAAGGAGUUGUUGACAAUGGGGAUGCCGGAAUUGACACAAGUGUUGUGUGCUGCCAAUGCGUUGGAUAUUAAGGGAGGACUCGUUAAUAUGGUAAUAGAGAUGAUGGGACAAGCAGUUUGUGGAUGA